AUGCCCACGAAGAGUGCCGCGUGCUGGAUCGCAGCGGCUGGGCUGACGGCAGUCUCGGGCCACUGGGGAUGGAAGCAAACGGAUUUUACACCAGCACCGGACAUGCAGCUUGAUCCUCCGCAGACGUUAUCCGAAGCACGAUUCCAGUGCAGCUUCGCCCCGCAACACUCAGAGCGCGCGUGCUUCGGCCCUGCGCACGGGGGUUGCCCCAAUGGCACUAAGUGCUUCAUCAAAGACAACCCUCGCACUGCGGAGAUCUACGCUGCAUGUUGUUGCAAUAGGACCACCACUCCAAUCGACAUGGUAUACCGGGAGCACUGGUCAUGCUUCGCGACUGAGUUGACUUCAGAGCAAUCGCACGGUUUCUUGCCGCAUUGUGACAUCCUUUGCUGCGAGAGGCCGAAGGUAGCUCGAGCCUGCCACGGGAAUGCGCCAAUCUGCUGCGACGAAGAGGUGACUGACUGCGGCAUCAGCUUGGAGGGCAACGCAUGUUGUGCUCCGAAAGAUCCAUCUGUCCGAACCCACUGCUGCGCAAUCAGGGGGGCUACUUGCUGGUAUCAUCGCUCCUGGCUGAAA